GUCGCGUCGUCAGAAAUGUGCGGCGCAUGCGCACUCGCUUCUCCGGCGGAGCUGAUUAUGAGGCGGCGGAGGGAUUGAUGAUGAUGAUAUUGAAGAUGAUAAUGAAGAUAAUGCUGCGCGGAUUCAACAACAUCCAGAAUAAAGUCCCGGCGCGUCGGCAUGAGCACUGAACCCUGAUAGAAGAGAAGCAGGAGAAUGAGACAGCGGUUUGUUGAUAAACAAUGGCAGCAGGGGCAGCGGAUGGUGAUUUAUGGGGGGGUCUUCCUCAUCAUGACCCUCCUCAUCCUCUACAGCUCCAGCAGCUCAGCUGAUCUUUACAGCCCCUUUAAAGUCAGCGAGUUUCACUACGCCGUCAAACACACCAACCUCAAGAAAUGGGCCGGGAAGGAGGGAUACGUUCCUGUUUACGGCAACAAGAGCAUGAAGCUGCACUGCAGUCAGUGUGCAUUAGUGACCAGCUCCAGUCACGUGUUGGGGACUCACUCCGGAGACGAGAUCGACCGCACAGAGUGUGUCAUCCGCAUGAACGACGCUCCAACCUCCGGCUACGAAUCAGACGUGGGGAACCGGACCAGCGUGCGCGUCGUGGCUCAUUCCAGCGUGUUCCGGGUGGUUCGCAAACCCGCCGAGUUCCUCAAUCGCUCAGAGAGCCCCGCCAUCAUAUUCUGGGGCCCGUCGACGAAGAUGGGGCGCACGCGAAGACAAUCUACCUACCGCCCCAUACACCACAGAAUCACCAUUACAUAAACCAACCCUUCCUUCUUCUUCAUCUCUCCCAGCAAAAUGCAGAAGUUCGACACGCUCUUUCAGAAAGAGACCGGACGAGACAGAAAAAAGUCUCAGUCCUGGUUGAGCACCGGAUGGUUUACCAUGGUCAUUGCCAUAGAGAUGUGUGACAACAUAAAGGUUUAUGGGAUGGUGCCGCCAAACCAUUGUGGGAAGCGUCCUCUGCCCAAACGGAUGCCCUAUCACUAUUACAAACCCAGAGGUCCAGACGAGUGUGUGAUGUACCUCCAGAACGAGAGGGGGCGCCGCGGAUCACACCACCGCUUCAUCACUGAGAAACAGGUGUUUGCGCGCUGGGCCAAGCAGUACAACAUCAGCUACAGCCACCCCACGUGGUGAGAAACACAUCUAACAUGCCUGGUGGCUUUCUGUACCUCUGUGACCUCCUGAUCCAAAAUGCCUACCAUUUCAAAAUUGCCUGCUCAGAAACGUAUCCAGAACGGCUGCUGGUUUCUCUUUAUUCUGGAUUAGUGGCUGAGCCAAAAUGGAGGCCAUGCAGGGAUCCAGGAACAAGCCAAGGGUGGACAAUCUUAGUUUUCCUUAGGAAAAUGAACAGAUGAUGGAACGUUUAUUGUCUUAAGCAUGACAGUUUCAAAUACAUCUUACGUACUACUGCAGUGAAGUUUUCCGAAGUCUUCUCUCACACAGUUUUUCAGAGAACGAAGGCCUUUUGGAUGGAGAAUGAAAGAGAAAUCCUUUAUGUCAGUUGCCAAAUGGAAGAUUAAUUCACAUCUUGUGGUACAAUCAACACAUCUGAAUGUUAGUCAUGUGAAACUACCAGAGAAUAGCAACUUUACAAGAUUAAGAGUAUGUUCUAUUGUGUAAAUAAGAACUAUG